AAAGUCGUGUUAGAGGUGAAAGGCCAUCGCCUCCUUUUGUGCAUUAAUUCCACUGAUUGCAUUUUGCCUCUUCAAUUCCUUGAAGUCUUUAAUGGCGUCUUUGAAGUCGUCACCAUCUUCAUCAUCUUCCGUACCACCUGGAAGAUGGAAAAAUGACGUGUUCCUAAGCUUUAGAGGUGAAGACACUCGCAACAACUUUGUAGAUCAUCUUUAUUCGGCUCUACUUCAAAAAGGAAUACAUGCCUUCAAAGACGACGAGAAACUCGACAAAGGGAAACCAGUUUCUACGGAGCUGCUGAAAGCCAUUGAAGAAUCAAGGUUUUCUGUGGUUGUUAUCUCUAAAACUUAUGCGGACUCCUCAUGGUGUUUGGAUGAGCUUGUCAAAAUCAUGGAAUGUCAAGUUCAUAUGGGACAGAUGGUGUUACCGGUGUUCUACCAUGUAGAUCCAUCCCAUGUGCGUGGACAGAAAAGAGACUUUGAUACUGCCUUUCAGCAACACGAGGACACGUUUAAGGGAGAGAUGGAGAAAGUGAAUAAGUGGAGGAAAGCUUUAGCGGCAGCUGCUAAUUUAUCUGGCUGGCAUGUCACGGAAACAGGCAAUGGGGGAGAAUCUGCCAUAAUCAAGGAGAUUGUUAAACAUAUCUUAGAAGGUACACAACCUAGUGGUAUGGAGAAAGAUUUGAUCGGUAUCAAGUCUCGUCUAGAUGAAUUAUAUCCAUUAUUGGACGUGGAAGCAACAGAAGAGGUGCUUAUGAUAGGGAUAUUGGGAAUGGGAGGAAUCGGUAAGACAACUAUUGCCCAAGCUUUAUUUCGAAAAAUUGCUUGUGAUUUUGAGGGUAGUAGCUUUGUUCAAGAUGUGAGAAAAAAUAGUUCUAGUAAAGAAGAUAAAUGCGCUUUACAACAGAAGAUUAUAGGAGAAAUACUAGGUUCAAGGAAUAUUUUGACUUCAAAGUUGUCGCGUGUGGAUCCCGUGUAUGGAGCCCAGAUGAUACAGAGAAGAUUUUGCAAUAAAAAGAUUCUACUUGUUCUUGAUGAUGUGGAUGAUGUCGAGCAAUUAGAAUUCCUAGCUGCAACACGUGAGUGGUUUGGUCCUGGAAGUAGAAUCAUCAUAACCACUAGAGACAAGCAUUUGCUAUCAGAUACUGAUGCCAUCUAUAAACCUGAUUUUUUACUUAUGAAUGAAGCUGUUGAGCUCUUCAGUAGGCAUGCUUUUGGGAAAAGUGGUCCUUUGGAUGGGUAUGAGGAGUUGUUAUAUCGUGCAAUACACUACGCUAGUUGUCUUCCUCUAGCCCUGAAAGUUUUAGGAUCAUUCUUCCGUGGAAGACAAGUAGGUGUAUGGGAAGAUGCUUUAAAUAGACUUGGAAAAACAUCAGAUGAUAAAAUUCUUGAAACGUUAAAGUUGAGUUUCGAUGGGUUAAAAGGUUCUGAGAAACAAAUAUUCCUAGACAUUGCAUGUUUCUUCAAGGGCAAAGAUGAAGAACAUGUAACUAGAGUACUCGAUAGCUUCGGUUUUCACCCAGUAAUAGGGAUUAGUAUUCUUAUUGAAAGAUCUCUUAUAACUGUUUCAAAUAAAAAGUUACAUAUGCAUGACCUCAUACAGGAAAUGGGUUGGGAAAUAGUUCGUGAGAGCUUUCCAAAUAGCAGGCUAUUUCAACUUGAACAUGUACAUGAUUUCAUCAAGGGAAACAAGAGUCCAAAAUCGAUUGAAGCCAUAAUGUUGAUGGACAAUGAAUAUCAUACUAUUGACUAUGAUGCAAAGUUGUGUUUAAGUGCUGAUGUUUUUGCAAGCAUGAAAAAGCUUCGUCUACUUGAUAUUGACAGGAAUUUCACUUCUACCCAGCCUACAUUUCUCCCUGAUGAGUUGCGAUGGCUUUGUUGGAAUGAGUACCCAUUCUUGUCUCUGCCAAUAGCAGAUAUGUGUAAGCUUGUUGGGCUGGAAAUGGCCAAAGGAGACAUCAAACAUUUAUGGAAGGGACGAAAGAUUCUUCCGCACUUGAAAUUCAUUCACCUUAAAAGCUUGUACAACCUCAGAUCUCUUCCAGAUGUGUCUGGGGCCCCAAAUAUGGAGAGGUUAAUUUUGUCAGAUUGUGAUAGUUUGGAGGAGGUUCACAAGUCUCUUGGAUCUCAUAGAGGACUUGUUUACUUGGAUAUAAAUGGUUGCAGUGAGCUCAGGCGCCUCCCAUCCAGCAUUGAGAUGGAAUCCUUGGAGACUCUAAUUCUCUCUGGAUGCGAGUGCCUUGAAAUGUUUCCAGAAGUCUCCCCAUGUAUGGUAAAAUUAUCACACAUUAAUCUUCAUUCUUGUUCUCAAAUAAAAGAUUUACCCUCAUCAAUUAGAUAUCUGACUAACCUAAACUACUUGAAUCUCACAAACUGUAACAAUCUUAAGGUCAUACCCGAUUCUAUUUGUGAGUUAAAGUAUCUUAAGUGUCUUCUUCUUCACAACUGUGUCAAACUAAAAGAUUUUCCAGAGAAGCUGCAAAACAUGCAAAUGCUAGAAGAACUUUGGUUAGGAUUUGAGCGUGAUCACAUAAUUGGAAGGCCACUGAAGAGUGUUGGUUUUCAUAGUUUCACAAAUUUGUUAUCCUUGAGAAAAUUAGAUCUUAGUUGGAGAGAAAUUGAAGAGGAAAGCUUCCCCAAUAAUCUUGAUGUGUUGUCCUCUUUGGAAGAGUUAUUUUUAAGUGGCAACUCUAAGUUAGUCCAGUUACCUGUAAGUAUCUUCCAUCUUUCUCGUCUUAAACGCCUAGAGGUGAAUGAGUGUCGCCAACUUCGAAGGUUGUGUGUGCUUCCAUCUAGCAUACAAGUAUUGAAGGCAAAUCAUUGUAUAUCAUUGGAAAAGAUCCGAGAUCUAUCAAAAGAGGGCGAAUGGUUGUAUAAGAUAUGGCUAAUUCAAUGCAAAAAACUUCUAGAGGAUGAAGAGAGUGUAAGAUGCCUUGAUAAGAUGUUGCAACUGUCUUUCAUUAAGAAAUGUGCUGCAGUAAAUCAUCGAUUAAGUAUCAAUGUUCCUGGUAGCAAGAUUCCAAGCUGGUUCACUGAAGAAAAGCAUGGGUGCAGAGUAACAUUAAAGUUACCUCACAAAUGGGAUGCCCAGGUCAUGGGUUUCGUGUUAUGUGGUGUGUUUCAUGGGAAUCAGUGGUCGGAAGCCACUGUUCCUCGCAUUGUCUUCAGAAUUGUAAGAGAUGGAAAGGGGAUUCCUAUGUCCGAGGUUAACUGUAUGAAGAAUGCAAACAAAACAUAUGAGAAUGGGAAUAUGUGGAUAAGCUAUAUUCCGAUAGGUUUCUUUCAGCAGAUGUAUCAUGAUCUUCAACCUGAAGAUUGGUCUCAUAUUGAAGGUAAUCUUCACAUGACUAUAAUGUUAUCAAAUGGCAGAAGAGCUGUAAGAUGUGGGGCACAUAUUGUGUACAAGAGAGAUGUGGAACUCCACCAACAAUUUACAACUUGCAUAUCUGAUUAUGGCCCCGUGGUGCAUGUUAGUGAUGAGGAUCUAGGAUAUGAUAACGUUAUCUCUGGAAACACUUAUGUCUAUGAAGAAAAGUCUGAUGAGAAGAUGUUGAUGCCAUUAAGAAGUAGAACCUCAGCAAGACGCAGCACAAAGAGCAUAUGUUAUAUGCAAGCGUCUACCAUGGCGUCCCCUGAACUUUUUACAAUGGCCAAUGAACCUGAUACAGGUGAACACAUUCUGGAGCCUUCUACAAUUAUGAAUACUGACUGUUCGAUGGAAUUCUCCGACGAGAUGUUUAUGGGUUUGUUUACUUUGUGAAAGGUUUUCCCUUUGAUAUCUUGGUUUUUUUAAAUGUCUAGAGUAAUUACCUCUAUAGUCUCAACCUAACUUGUAAAUCAGUGCAAUUCCUGUUAUAGCAUAUUUUAGAUAGAAACUGUAAUAUGUGAGGAGUUUCAAUAUCAUGUAGGUUAGUUAUUCACAUCUUGUAGGUGGUGUAAGGUUGUUGAUAGUGAUGUUUGAUGAUCAAGUAGUUUUAGUUUGUAUAAUUUGAGAAAAAUAGGGUAUUCGGGACAGCAUGCCAGACAACAUCUUGACUAACAUCUUGUUCAAGAUGUUGGAGGCUACUAAUUAAAUUAUUUUUAUCUUUAUUUGUCUGUCUCUUUGAUUGAGGUGUUGAAUGUGUCAAUGAAAACCCGGAUAACUCGGAAUCUCAUCAAGAAACACACGGAAAAAGACCUGGUUGCUAAUAAUCUCACAAUAGAAGAUAAUGCCGAGAUUUUAGCAUAGUUGUUACUAGUCGUUGGAAAUAUUAUGUAUAAAUAGGAGGUAAUCUCACAUAUUUACAAACAAGAACACACUAGUUUUUACUUGCAAUCAAUAAAAUAAUUCUCUUUGCUGUAUACUCUUUCAGUUAACCAAUAAGCACAACAAAAGACAACCUGAAAAUUGCUAGCUCCCAAGGUUUUAUGUCAGAGAUCUUAGUUAAUAUCAAGGGCUUUCUUUAUAAUCCUUGUACCUUAUAUUGCAUUCCGAUCACACCACUCCAACCUUUACUAAUAUGGUUGAGUUACACCUAGCCCAUUUUUUACCAAACAUCUACGAACCACGUUUAGGUUUUUCAUAUCACGGUCAACAGAGUUUUGUAAAAACCAUCAUAUGCUAAUUCAAUUUUAUCAAAGUUGGUUUCAAUGAAAAGAUAUGGUCUAUGUUAGACACCACUCCAGACUAUUCGAAGUGUUCCACAUUGUUCUUAUUCCAUACAUGGUAUUCUAAGCAUGAAGAAAUGUUGGUUUAAGAGAAUAGACAAUGGUAUGAAAGAUGUAAGACAAUGGUAUGAAAGUUUUAUUGUAAUACCGAAAUGUAAGACAAUGGUACAAGCCAACUUGAUAUAUGAUCUUCAAGCUACCUUUGAGGCUAUAAAAGCAAAAAUGGAAAGAACUAUGAAAUUGUAAUUUCAUAUAAAGGUGAUAAAGUGUAAACUUUGAGGCUAUAAAAGCUAACCUUGGAGGUAAGGUAAGGGAAAAUGGUACAAAGGUAACUUGUAGUGGACUUGAAAAUGAAGCAAUAGCAACAAAAACCAGCUUAAAAUGAGUUCAUACGAAGAAUCUAUAAGGUUGCAAAGUUGGACAAAAAGUUAAUGAAUGUUGAUUAGGAAAUUUGACAGCUGCAUGAUGUCAACUUUGGAGCUUAAUAAGUCCAUAUCUAUAGCUGAUUAGAAAUAACUUUAUAUACUAAAGUUAUAGUCUAUAAAACAUAGAAUAGAUAGCAACACGAAUCAGAUAAAACAGAUGUGUAAUGAAUGAGAUAUGGUAGCUUGAAGAUUGUUUGUUCAAACACAUGAAAUACUGAAAUGUUCAGACCUCCAUGUUCACGGCUGAAUAACUCCGGUUCUCGACAAAUUUAGAUAAUACAAAUAAUAAGAAACUUGUACUAUUCCUAACAGGCUUUCCAACUAUAUAAAGUUUUCCCAAAUGGGAGUUCUUACAACUGAGUUACGAGGUUGGAAAUAUAAGUAAAAAUCAUAAUUUUUGCUUGGAAAUUAUUCUAAGCCAAGGAGGUAAGGGCAAUUUGGUACUUUUGAUUAGCUACCAAGUCAAAAUCAGGUUGUAUGAGUUUAUUUCCAGGGACGCUUCCUGAAACGAGACAAAGAAGAAACAUGUUUGCAUUUUUUUUUCCUUCUGCGUGCGCUUGGCACAAACCGGUACGCACACAGUGCUCGUGCGCUAAUCGGCAGGAGAAGGAGAGAGAGAGAGACCAUUGACUCUCUCCAUUUUUAUCUGCAUGUGUGUGUGCGAUUUUGUGCUGUUGAGGAAGAGAGAAAUAGAUUAGAAGAACGAAGGAAACAGCAACGGCUGCUGUAGGCGGCGGCGGUGGUCGGGGAACACCCCCAUUCGUUCGAUAUCUUGCUGAAACUAAUCCAUCAUCACCGAAUUUCACUGCUGGACAGAUUCUUGGGAUGUAAAAUCUGGUACCCUAGAAUUGGUAAUUCUUAUAAUGUAAUUCAUGUUGAAAUUGAUUAUGGAUUAUAUGAAUAAAUCAUAAAUUGAUUUCAAGAAA